CCCAGUAAAUCCACAGAAGAAGACGAAAAAGAAGCGUCAGCUCCAACGGCGCACUGUAAUUACAUCAACGUCCAAAUUUGCUCAUCCAUUUUCUUUUCCUCCUCUAUUUAGAACACUUACUCUACAGAGCAGAGUCAGUGUUAACUAGAGGCUGAUUACGGACACAGCUAAUGUUCAGCGGAAUACAGCACCCCAGUUGUUGUGGAAAACCCGACAAGACGAGAUGACAGAAGACACCGACGAUUUACAUUGAGAAGGAUUUAACAGCCUGUUCGUGUGCGAAUGAUGCGCCGCCAUUGGUUGCUGGUUGGUGCUUGUGGCUGGGUGUUACUUAUCCUUAUGUUUGUCAGCAAGUUCAUCAACUUCAGCUUCAGAAUACCAAGUGAUCAAGACCCUGUCAUGGCCAGUUCAAUCUCCAGACCUGAAAACAUCUGGAAUGUGAUUAAGAGGAAGAUGGAUGUUCACAAGCCAUCAAGCAAAGUCGAGCUGCUUAAAGACUAUGCGGAGAGGAGAGAGAUGUUUGUUUGGACCUUUCCAUCUGUUACGACGAAACAUACUUCAGUCCAGUGGCCAGACAAGGGAGCAUCACAGCCAUAUAUACUGUCCUCCGUUAGUCCCUCUGUGGUGGAGCCCAUAGACUGGCAGUCAAUGAAUGAGAAGCGUCUGGAGCUCUUAUCAACUGUUUGCAGAAAUGCAUCUAUGUGGAACCUCACCCACACAACUGUGGACAAGUUUGUCUUGGACCGCAUUUUUGUGUGUGACAAGCACAAAAUACUCUUCUGUCAGACACCCAAAGUUGGAAAUACACAGUGGAAGAAGGUUCUAAUUGUCCUUAAUGGAGUGUUCUCAAAAGUUGAAGCUAUACCAGAGAAUCUGGUUCAUGAUCAUGAAAGAAAUGGUUUACCCCGCCUGUCCUCUAUGACGGACACAGAAAUUCGUCAAAGGUUAAAUUCUUAUUUCAAGUUCUUUAUUGUGAGAGACCCAUUUGAGCGUCUAAUAUCUGCUUUCAAGGACAAGUUCGUGAAGAACCCAAGAUUUGAACCUUGGUACAAACAUGACAUUGCCCCAGCCAUCAUUCGCAAAUAUCGCAGGAGUCACCAUGAUGAUAAUGAAAGUGUGGGACUUCAGUUUGAAGAUUUUGUACGGUACUUGGGCGACAAGUCAGGCCGACAGCGCUUGGACAGGCAGUUUGGUGACCACAUUAUUCACUGGCUGACAUAUGCUGAGCUGUGUGCUCCUUGUGAUAUUUCCUACAAUGUUGUGGGUCACCAUGAGACUCUGGAGCGUGAUGCUCCUUAUAUUCUAAAAGCUGCUGGUAUCGCUGACCUAGUGUCAUACCCAAAUAUCCCACCAGGGAUAACCCGCUACAACCGAACCAAGGUGGAACGCUAUUUUACUGGAAUCAGCCAACGAGAUGUCCGUCGGCUCUACGCUAGCUACCAGGGAGACUUCAACCUGUUUGAUUACCAGACACCUGCCUUCCUAUUGGACUGACGUAGAGAUUUCCUGAUAAUCUUUUUUUUUUUUUUUUAAUAAAUCUCUGAAUUAUAUGGCUGCCUCAAAAAUAGUGUUCAAUUGCCUGGCCUAUAUGGAGUAUAUAUUCUUCUUUUGCACUGAUCUGAGACUUAGUUACUUUACACAUUAUAAUAUGUUUGUAUUUACAUACAUGUUUGGAUUUGGCUUGAUCAGGGAUCUGCACUAGAGGGUAACUUUAAACAUGAAUUACUAAGAUCAAACCGUGCAUUAGUAAAGUUUAGAUUUUUUUUUUCUUUAGUAAUAUCUGUAUUUGCCAUAUGAUAAUGAAGUGCCAUAAUAUUUACGUUUUAUGGAUUUCAUUAACUGGAUUUUAGACAGUAUAUUAGGUAAAGAAGUACUAUAUAAAUGAUCAAAUGUUGACAAUACUUGUUUGACA